AUGGAAAGGAAGCGCAGUGCAGCAAUUUCAGCGAAGGUGACGUCUCCCAGAAACAGCUACUAUGUCUUGCGCACAUACGAAGCAUGGACUCCGACAGUCCCUUGCCCUGCCUUGAGCCUCGCUAGCUCAACACAUGCACACCCCCACAAGCACGCAGGCACGCACCUGCAUGGAGAGGAAGCGCAGUGCAGCGAUCUCGGCGAAGGUAACGCCUCCCAGAAACACAGCAGCCACGAGGCGGGGCACGGACUCGGACGGUCCCCUGCGCAUGGAGGACGGGAUCCGGUUGGUGACGUCCCGAUGGGUGGUGCCGUCAGGGGACUGGUGGUGGGUGGUGGGGAAGUGGUGGUGGGUGGUGGGGAAGUGGUGGUGGGUGGUGGGGAAGUGGUGGUGGGUGGUGGGGAAGUGGUGGUGGGUGGUGGGGAAGUGGUGGUGGGUGGUGGGGAAGUGGUGGUGGGUGGUGGGGAAGUGGUGGUGGGUGGUGGGGAAGUGGUGGUGGGUGGUGGGGAAGUGGUGGUGGGUGGUGGGGAAGUGGUGGUGGGUGGUGGGGAAGUGGUGGUGGGUGGUGGGGAAGUGGUGGUGGGUGGUGGGGAAGUGGUGGUGGGUGGUGGGGAAGUGGUGGUGGGUGGUGGGGAAGUGGUGGUGGGUGGUGGGGAAGUGGUGGUGGGUGGUGGGGAAGUGGUGGUGGGUGGUGGGGAAGUGGUGGUGGGUGGUGGGGAAGUGGUGGUGGGUGGUGGGGAAGUGGUGGUGGGUGGUGGGGAAGUGGUGGUGGGUGGUGGGGAAGUGGUGGUGGGUGGUGGGGAAGUGGUGGUGGGUGGUGGGGAAGUGGUGGUGGGUGGUGGGGAAGUGGUGGUGGGUGGUGGGGAAGUGGUGGUGGGUGGUGGGGAAGUGGUGGUGGGUGGUGGGGAAGUGGUGGUGGGUGGUGGGGAAGUGGUGGUGGGUGGUGGGGAAGUGGUGGUGGGUGGUGGGGAAGUGGUGGUGGGUGGUGGGGAAGUGGUGGUGGGUGGUGGGGAAGUGGUGGUGGGUGGUGGGGAAGUGGUGGUGGGUGGUGGGGAAGUGGUGGUGGGUGGUGGGGAAGUGGUGGUGGGUGGUGGGGAAGUGGUGGUGGGUGGUGGGGAAGUGGUGGUGGGUGGUGGGGAAGUGGUGGUGGGUGGUGGGGAAGUGGUGGUGGGUGGUGGGGAAGUGGUGGUGGGUGGUGGGGAAGUGGUGGUGGGUGGUGGGGAAGUGGUGGUGGGUGGUGGGGAAGUGGUGGUGGGUGGUGGGGAAGUGGUGGUGGGUGGUGGGGAAGUGGUGGUGGGUGGUGGGGAAGUGGUGGUGGGUGGUGGGGAAGUGGUGGUGGGUGGUGGGGAAGUGGUGGUGGGUGGUGGGGAAGUGGUGGUGGGUGGUGGGGAAGUGGUGGUGGGUGGUGGGGAAGUGGUGGUGGGUGGUGGGGAGAAAGGGAAAGAACAGACAGAGUUGUGCAUCGUCGUGUGUUGUGUGUUGGGUAUCUUUGAGGAGACUCAGGAACACUACCGCCACGAGGCGAGGCACGGACUCCAUUGCCCCCCAGGAACACUACCGCCACGAGGCGAGGCACGGACUCCAUUGCCCCCCAGGAACACUACCGCCACGAGGCGAGGCACGGACUCCAUUGCCCCCCAGGAACACUACCGCCACGAGGCGAGGCACGGACUCCAUUGCCCCCCAGGAACACUACCGCCACGAGGCGAGGCACGGACUCCAUUGCCCCCCAGGAACACUACCGCCACGAGGCGAGGCACGGACUCCAUUGCCCCCCAGGAACACUACCGCCACGAGGCGAGGCACGGACUCCAUUGCCCCCCAGGAACACUACCGCCACGAGGCGAGGCACGGACUCCAUUGCCCCCCAGGAACACUACCGCCACGAGGCGAGGCACGGACUCCAUUGCCCCCCAGGAACACUACCGCCACAAGGCGAGGCACGGACUCCAUUGCCCCCCAGGAACACUACCGCCACGAGGCGAGGCACGGACUCCAUUGCCCCCCAGGAACACUACCGCCACGAGGCGAGGCACGGACUCCAUUGCCCCCCAGGAACACUACCGCCACGAGGCGAGGCACGGACUCUGUUGCCCCCCUGUGCAUUUUGAGUCAACUUAA